AAUAAAAUAAAUAGCGAAAUUGUUCCUAACUUUCUUUUAAUAUGGGAUCCAUCAAUUAAACCACCCUCUACAAAAGGAAGAAAAAGAUUAAAUACAGAUGACAAUUUUACAGCUGAUAUUUUUGAAGAUCUUUUUGACAAACUUUGUGCAAGCAUUAAAGAUUUAUAUAGGCCAGUAGAUAUUCAUAUAGAUGGAGCUCAUUAUCAUAAACAUCAGGUUGAACAAGUGCUAACAUCAAAUUCAAGAAAGGAUGUGUUAUCUGUGUGUGAAGUUCAACAAUCAAAACGCCAACGUUCCGAAAAGAAUGAUAAGGAAAGCAUUUGUUGGAAAUAUUUUGAACCAUUCGAAGUUCCAAAGGAGAUUGGAACAGAAAAAAAAUGUACGAUUCCUGGAUGCACGAAGAAAUAUCAAUGGCGCAGAUCUACUUCUAACCAUGAAAAGCAUCUUAGGAAUAAACAUUUGCUAUAUCCGUCGUUCUUUGAUUAUAAAAGAAAUAUAAUUAAUAAUGAGGAUAAUGACGAAUUUGCCUCUAAACGAUAUUAUUGUUAUGAAGAUAUUGAUGAACUUGGAGAAUCUGAUGAAUCUGGUGACAUUGAAAACGGUGAUGAAUUUGAUGAAAAAUUAAAAACAAUUAAAGAAUUUAGAGAGGCUGAUAUGAUGAUUCCUGAAUUAUCAAUAGCUCUGCAUGAACACGAUGAUGUCAUAUACACAAGUAAAUUUAUUAAUACGAGAGAAAUUUCACAACGAGUUAGUUCAGAGAGUGGCUUACUUGACAUAGCAGGUAUUCAUACCAUUUUAUUUUAUGUUAGAUUAAGCGUAAAUUUUUUAACCUUUUUAUAUGUAGAUACUACUCUUUAUGAUCUUGAGUUGCCUAUUUAG